CGGGGAUAUACUCCACAAAUUGUUCCCCCCAUUCUUAGCAGCCGCGUCAGGUCAUCUCUGCCAGCUACUAUCAUGUCCUUAGCAAACUACUACAUUGGUGUCGAUGUAGGUACUGGAUCUGCUCGCGCAUCGCUCGUCAAGGACGACGGCACUACCGUCGCGUCGUUUACCAAAGAAACCAUCACUUACCGCGACCCCGAGAACCAUCGCAUUUUCGAACAGUCCACCAACAAUAUCUGGGACGCGAUAUCCACAUGCAUCAGAACUUGCUUAAACGAUUCUGGUGUCUCGCCAUCCUCUGUGAAGGGUAUUGGAUUUGACGCUACCUGCUCGCUCGCCGUCUCCGAUUUCCAGGGGGAACCAGUCAUUAUCACGGGAGGCGACCAACUGGGUCAGAAUGGAGACCGCAAUGUCAUCUUGUGGGCUGACCAUCGCGCUGAGAAGGAAGCGGAUCUAAUUAACAGUACCGGCUCUGUCGUUCUCGAUUAUGUCGGUGGAACCAUGAGUUUGGAAAUGGAGAUUCCAAAAGUCCUCUGGUUGAAGAACCAUAUGGACGCAGCCCUUUUUUCUCGCUGUCAAUUCUUUGACCUUCCCGACUUCCUUACAUACCGUGCAACCACCGACAGCACACGAUCAUGCUGCUCAGUUACCUGCAAAUGCUCUUUUGUCCCGAACAAAGGCUGGCAGGCAGAUUUCUUUAAGAAAAUUGGACUACAAGAACUAGUCGAGUGCGAUUAUAAUCAAAUCGGUGCCGCAAACAUGAAAGUUCUUACUGCUGGUUUGCCAGUUGGCCAAGGCUUGUCAAAGCGCGCCGCCGAGGAGUUCGGACUUGUAGAAGGAACACCGGUUGGGAGCGGGGUCAUUGACGCGUAUGCUGGUUGGAUGGGAACGGUGGCUGCAAGGACUACGGGUAACGAUGGGCAACUGUCUACCGAUCUGCCGUCGGUAGACGAAUCUAGUCAUCGCUUGGCUGCUGUUGCAGGAACAAGUACAUGUCAUCUUGUUCAGAGCCGCGAAGGCGUGUUUGUUAAUGGCGUAUGGGGUCCUUACAAGGACCCCCUAUUCCGUGGUUGGUGGAUGAAUGAGGGCGGUCAGUCAUCUACAGGACAGCUUAUUGAUUUUAUGUUGAUCACCCAUCCCGCCUACAACAAGCUUGUGGAGCUUGGAAAGGAACAGAAAAAGAACAUUCAUGUCGUUCUUCAGGAGAUGCUCGCCAGGCUCAAGACUGAGAGCAAAGUGGAUAGUCUAACAGAGUUGACAAAAGACAUCCAUCUAUACCCGGAUCUUCAUGGAAAUAGGUCACCUAUUGCUGAUCCCCGCAUGAAAGGAUCGAUUAUGGGUAUCGCACUGGAUGAUACCCUACACGACCUGGCGCGAAAGUACAAUGUGACUUUGGAAGCCAUUGCACUCCAAACACGACACAUUGUCGACGAGAUGAACGCUAAGGGACACAGGAUCACGUCGAUCUAUAUGAGUGGCGGCCAGGCGAAGAACAUCCCGAUGAUGCAGCUCUUUGCUAAUACCUGCGGAAUGCCGAUAAUACUGCCUUUCGAUCAUGCGGGGGCGGUCGUGUUGGGCGCUGCGAUGCUAGGGAGGUUCGCCGCGGAGGCGAAUGGCAAGGGUGAGAUGAGUAACCAAGAGCAGGGAGAUGUGCUAUGGAAGAUUAUGGUGGAGAUGACACUUCCGGGAACGAUGGUUUCUCCGUUGGCAUCACCCAAGGAAAAGCAGUUGCUUGAGGCCAAGUAUAAGAUUUUCAGAGAAACGAUUUUGAUUCAGAAACGUUGGAGGCAGGAAAUGGAAGACGCGUGCAAGUGAAGGAUGGGAAUCUUCCAGUAGAUAUAUAUCCAAGAUGUAAUUUUAGAUACCUUACCAUCUAAAGAAUUAAACAUCCCAGCGCUGAUAGUUGACC